UCAAUUCUACUGUUAUAAUAAACUUUUUUUUUAUUUUAUAAGUCUUUCUGUAUCUCAACUCUUUUUAUCGUCGAGUAUGAGUUGAAUGUUAUUUUUAUCAUCCUUUAAGUUGCUAUUAAUAUUUUUAUCGCUCUAUAAGUUUGUAUAAUCUAACAUUACUGCUAUUAGUACUUACAAUUAAAAUGAUGAGCCAAUAUCUUAAAAUACUGAUUCUAAUUCUUCUAAAAUACAUUAAUUAACAAUAAUAUAAAAAUCCCUAAGCAUGACGUUGCGCUUUUUACUUCACCUUCCUUCUCACUACUUAUUAUUUCCCGUCCUUUUUUUUUAUUUAAUUAAUUAAAUGCAAAACUACAAUCUGUUUAACGACAAUAAAUAAUUGCGAUGAUAGAGUACAAUGUGUAAAUUAGAACUUUACCCAUGGUCUAAAUACUCUAGUGCGGAUGAAAUAUUAUAUUAAAAGCAUUGUGAAAGGUCCAGGGUUUCGAUACGCUCAAGGCGUGUGGGUUUACUUCUGGGCACUCAGAGGUCCUUCGUUAGGAGUUUCAGAUGUUUGUGGAGUCUGAAUUGGUAUUUUGUGCUGUAACGCGAGAUUUAUUCUUUAACUGUGGUAACAUGUAGAUCCUUGUGCGGUCUUUUGUUGGAUACGAACCACGGUGAGUUGAUAAUGGCUCCAAGAGUAGAUUGCUUGCGGUGUUCCACAAUUAGAUGUCAUAGGUCCAAAUUGGUUUAAGGAUGGUCUUAUAUAGCAAUAGAUUGUUUUCAGUGGACAUUUGGGACUUCCUGACUGGUUGAUUGGCAAAUCAACCAGUACAUUCUGUUUAAUUUGAUAUUGAGUUCGUUUCUUUAUGUAGUUAGACGUUUUUUCCAUGGCAGUCGUCUAUCGAGAUAUAUUUCUACGUAUUUGACCUUUUUAGUAACUAGCAAAUUUCCCGCCCUUAAAAAAACUUUUGUAAUUUCCAAUGAUCUAAACAUAUUCAUUGAUGGAAACAAAAAUUCUGCCUUCAACAAAUACCAAUUUUUGUCUCAAGCGAAAUAUUAUUCUAAUUACCUAAUGGCUACAAGCAAAAUUUACCGCCCGUUCUAUCCCAAAAACUACGCCUUCAAUAAAUAAACCACCUGCUAAAAAAAUAAACGCAAACAAUAAAUCAUCAAUAGCCAAUUGUUUAUAGUGUGUUGCAGUUUCAAUAUUGUCAAUCAUUUUAAUUUUUCCUAAUGGAAUAUAUAAUUCCUGUUUGUCCCAAUAAUCAAGAAUUCCAAAUUGUUUCAACCUCACAGCAUAUUUAUCAAUUUUUUUUUUCAAUGACCAAUUAUAAUUCUCGUCCAGUAUCCAAAAUAUGAUUUGAAACUUAAUUUAUGUGAAACAUAUAAAUUAUAUUUUAAUAAUCAGAGUAAUCAAUAACAUGUAAAUAUUUAUUUUGAUCCGAAAUCGACCAUAACCCACAAUUAAUAAUACUAUUAUGCAACGUUGGAUUUCACUGUCAAUUUGAACAUUUUAAAUAAAAGAUGCAGUUACUGACCUCCAUAUUUAAAUUAUUCGUUUCAUUUAAAAGUCUUGAGAUAACGAUAAAAUAAAACUAUUAGUGUUGCUUUACUCCACAUACUAGAUGACGCCCAUGUAGUUUUUGGCCAGUUUCCCAACAUCUUGAUCCUUUAUCUCCGUUGUCCAUUCUGCAUUUUCCCAAAGUUAUUAGUCAUCAGUAAUUGUCUAAAAUUCAUGAGUAUGUUUUUAAUAAAUUCAUUUUCUCCUGACUACAGUGCAAUUAAAAAAACAACAACAAAUUAACUGGUAGAAAAAAAAAUAUUAAAUAUCAACUACAAUUUAAUAUUUUUAAUAUAAUUGUGUCAUACUCAGUACAAUAUAUAAUCAAAAUAUAUAUUUUUGAUACACUACAAGAGAAGUAUUAAUUAUAUGAAUCAUUAAUUUGGUAAUAUAUAACUUAUUUGAAAUAAUAAAAAUAUAUAAAAUGGAUGAACUUGAGCAAGAAAAAUUACAUGAAGCACAAAUGAAGCAAUUAAUUGACAAUUGCUCAGCAUUAAAAAUGGAUCCUACACUAGAAUCAAUAGCUCAUGUGUACACGACACCUGAAAAAACAUAUUCAAUGAUUUGGACAAAAGAAGAAUCACAUAAUGGCGAAAAAAUGUAUUAUUAUUAUAGAGUGCAAAUACUUGAACUAUUUAAAAACGAUGAUGUCGAAAAUAAAAAUUAUAUACUUGAACAAAAUUGGGGUGCUUUUGAUUCUAUUAAUCAUCGCAAACGUUCUGAAUCAUUUCCACUGUCAUUUUGCAUUAAAAAAUUCAACAUUCAAACAACCGAACGAAAUAGAAAUUAUGUGUUUGCUAAAAUAAAAGAUAAUAAUAUCAAUAAUAGUGAAUUACCAUUACCAAUUCGUGAGCUUAUUAUAAGAUAUAUAUUUAAUAUUGAUUUUUUGGAUAGAAUGAUGAACGAAUAUACAUUUGAUGUUAAAAAUAAAAUAAUGGAAUUCGUUAAAAUACUAAAUGAAUCUGAUGAUAUUAGAAUUCCAUUACUUACGAAUAAAUCAAAGAAAAAGCGAUAUGAAUCUGAUUUCAUUGAACUUGAAGCUAAGUUUGAUAAAAGACGUGAAUUUUUGAAUAAACAAAUUACAUGUCAAUCUAAUGGUGAUGAUAAUAAUAAUAAAUCUUUUAGUUCAAUGAAUUUUUAUUACAAGCAAUUACACACGACAAUAAAAGUACUCGAUAUAAAUGAUGAACGUUUUAAAAUAAUUGAAAAAUAUUUUGAAAAUACCAAAGCAAUGCAUCGUAAUCAAUUGCAAUAUAAAGUAGAUAAUAUUUUUGCUAUUGAAAAACUUUGCGAUGAUGAUAGAUAUACUAAAAAUUUGGAAAAUAAGAAAUUACUUUGGCAUGGAACCCCUUCUUCUACUGUUCCGUCAAUUUUAUUUGAAGGGUUUAGAAUUACACCUCACAGGAGUUUUUAUCGUCCUGGAAUAUCCUUUUCAAAUUCAGUAUUUAAAUCAGCAACUGAGUGUACUUUUAGAAAACACGGUGUUAUAUUUUUGUGUGAAGUUGCGUUGGGUAAAAUUAUGGAAUCUAAUCAAUCAGCAGUCUUUUUACAUAUUGAUCAAGAAUUACCAUUUGGAGUUAAUUCAAUUCACAGUAAAGGUAUAUGGUCACCUGACCCAGAUGAUUGUGUUACUAUUGAUGGAGAUGUUGUUGUACCUUAUGGUAAACUCAGGAUAGCUGAUUAUAAUCCUGGUCAUUUGAAUCAUGAUGAAUUCACUGUUUGUAAUGCAGCGCAAAUAAAAAUGCGUUACCUUGUAUCAGUCAUUUCUUAUUAAAUUUUUUUUUAUUAUUAAUCUAAAUCCGAGUGUGUCACAACUUACUUUAAUACACAUUGAAUGCGAUGCUUCUCCCGGGUGAAAAAAAUUAUGCAUAGAUUAUGAUUUGUAUAUAAUUAUAUGACAGUCUAUUUAACACUUGGCUACUUAUAUUUAGUUACAUAAAAUUAUAUGUAAUUAUAUAUGAUAAUAUAUAUAAAAAAAAAAUUAUGAUAUUAUUUUAGUGAAGGAACAACGAAUUUACUGAUCUGCUUAAUUGACAUCAUUUUAUUAUUUUUGCGGCUAACAUUUCGUUAAUACUAAUUAACAUCAAACCCAUAUCUAUAUAAAAAGUUACAUUAAAAAUGUAGUUUAAUUAUAAUAUAAACAGUGUAUAAAAUUAUUUAAAAUUAGGUAUAACAAUCAAUACAGUACAAAAUAACAACAAUAACAGUAAAGCCGUUCCUUCAUUUAAACAAUAUAAAAGUCUGAUCUUUUCAAUAAAUUAAGCAUAAAACAAGUAGGGUAGAAGUACCGUUUGUGGCUACUGUUGCAUUUUUGGACAUUUAAUACUUUAUUUUAAUUAAUGAAAAAGUAUAAUAUAAAAUUUCCAUUUUAAUAGUGGGGUAACAGUAUCUCUGAUCACAUUUUAAAAAUAAAUUUUGUCAUUGCGUCUUUUACAUAUUAUUUUAUUUAAGUAUUUCAAGUCUCCAAAACUGGCUAAAAACGGCACCUCUACUCUAUAUUUAUAUAUAAUUACAUUAGACCAUUUCCAGUAAAUACUUAUAUAUUAAUAAAUAUAAUUAGAUAUGAAUUGCAUAUAAUUAGUAGGGUGGUCCUUAUUUUGUGAAAUUUUGAAUUUUUUUUCACGUCCUAAAUUGGUUUCAAAUAAAAAAAAAUUUCUGUCAAUUUACAGCUUUUAAUUUUAAUAUUAACCUGGCUACCACGGCAGCCCAAGUUUUAAAUGGAAAAUACGUGUAUUUAAUACCACUCUAAUUUCAAGAUAAAUUUUAUUAAAAAAAUUUUUAAUAUAAUUUUCAAAAUGGUCUCUACGUUAUUGCUUAUCUACGUCUUUAGUCUAGUGUAUUCAGAAGUAUAUGGACAGUAAUAUAUUCGAUAUAAAUUGAAUUAAUUUUUUAAAAAGUAUCUCUUAUAAAAUUUAUGAUUAAUUUAUCAUAUUAUUAAAAUAAUUAAAAAAAAAAACAUUA